CAACGUCGUGGUUGGAAUGACUGGUUGAUUUUGACAACUGUGAACUUCUAGUAAGAAAAAGAAGAAGCGAAGUUUAACAAUUUGCUGGUCAUCCGUGGAAUUUUGUUUUCUCUGGUUUCUUACUUAGUGCACGUAAAACUUGAAAAAUGUCGCGUGGUAGUUCAGCCGGCUUUGACAGACAUAUAACAAUUUUCUCACCCGAGGGUCGCCUUUACCAAGUCGAAUACGCUUUCAAAUCCAUUGACCAUGAAGGCCUUACAUCAGUGGCGCUGAAAGGCAAAGAUUGCGCUGUUUUGGCCACACAAAAAAAGGUUGCUGAGAAGCUUAUUGAUCCAGAAACAGUCACUCACUUAUUUCGUAUUACCAAAAAUGUUGGCUGCGUAAUGACUGGGCGCAUUGCUGAUAGCCGGUCCCAAGUGCAAAAAGCGCGUUAUGAAGCGGCCAACUUUCGCUACAAAUUCGGCUAUGAUAUUCCAGUAGAUGUCUUAUGUCGCCGCAUAGCAGAUGUUAAUCAAGUCUAUACUCAGAACGCUGAGAUGCGCCCUUUAGCAUGCAGUAUGGUGCUUAUUGCCUAUGAUGACGAAUUGGGGCCUGCUGUGUAUAAGACUGAUCCUGCCGGUUAUUACUGUGGUGUAAAAGCUGUCGCAGUCGGUGUUAAGCAACAAGAUGCCAGGAGUUACUUGGAAAAGAAAUUUAAGAGUGAUUUAUCUACAGAGAAAGUAAUACAAUUAGCCAUUACAUGUCUGUCCCAAGUUCUUCAAGUUGAUUUCAAGCCAAAUGGUAUCGAAAUCGGUAUUGUCACCAAGGAUUCCCCACAAUUUACAGUGCUAGAUGAAAAGGAAAUUGAGGACCACUUGACAAAAAUUGCAGAGAAGGAUUAGUUCGGGGAAAUUAAUUUAUACAUUUCAUAAGUUAAGAUUUUGGUUAAUUGGAGAUGUCAUCUUUUUUAAUAUGACCAAAAUAAAAAUGGCGUUAUAAUCUGAAAAACUAUGAAA